AUGAAGGUUGAGAUUGAUGGCCUCGAAGUGAUUUUCCCGUAUGAGCGCAUGUACUCGGAGCAAUUGCAGUACAUGCGUGAAUUAAAGCGUGCUCUUGAUGCACAGGGCCAUUGUAUGCUGGAAAUGCCUACGGGUACUGGCAAGACCGUGUCUUUGUUGUCCCUUGUAUUAGCCUAUAAACACGCCCAUCCGACUGUUGGAAAAUUGGUGUAUUGUACACGAACGGUCCCCGAAAUGGCCAAAUGUGUCGAAGAGAUCAAGAAAUUAAUUGCGUGUCGUACACAAUAUUAUGGCGACAGGGCCCAGGUGACGGCUGUGUGUCUCAGCUCGAGACGAAAUAUGUGUGUACACCCAAGAGUUAUGGCCCAUGCUGACGGUGAAGACGUCGAUGGUCAAUGUCGAAAGAUGACGGCAUCAUGGGUUAGGGCAAAAGCGGCUCAAGCGAAUAAUAGCAAUCAAGCCAGUUCGAUGCCCCCCACUGAAAUCCCAGAAACUUGUUCUUUUUUUGAAAAGUACGAAACGCGAAAAAGUGACGAGACAAUUUUACCACCUGGUGUUUAUGCAGUGGAUGAUUUAAAAGAAUUGGGUGUUCAAAAAGGCUUGUGUCCCUAUUUUUUAACACGAUAUGUCGUUACUUAUGCUGAUAUAGUGGUAUACAAUUAUCAGUACAUGCUGGAUCCUAAAGUUAGUCAAUUAGUAUCCAGGAGCUUUGAAAAAGAGAGUGUUAUCGUGUUUGAUGAAGCACAUAAUAUUGAUAAUGUGUGCAUUGAAGCACUAAGUGUUGAUUUGGAUCGACGAGGACUUGAUCGAGCAUCGAGGAAUUUGACGACGUUGUCCAGUCAAGUGAACAAAUUGAAGCAAGCGGACAAAUCUCGAUUGGAUGCAGAAUAUCGACGAUUGGUAGAAGGUCUUCGUUCUAGUAACGCCGUAGUGGCACCCACGUAUACGAAUCCGACCACAAAUCAAGCCAUUGAAACAAAUCAUGAUAUUAUGCUCGGAAACCCCGUGUUGCCAGAUGAUGUACUGGAUGAAGCUAUUCCGGGUAACAUUCGACGGGCGGAACACUUCGUCGCAUUUAUGCGUCGACUGAUUGAGUAUUUGCGUCAACGAAUCCGAGUACGACAGGUGGAAUCUGAGACGCCCCAGGCUUUUCUUCAUCAGUUACACCAGGCUAUUAGUGUGGACAUUAAGCCCAUGAAGUUUUGUUAUACGCGACUUAAUUCACUCUUACGUACGCUAGAAGUGACGAAUUUGGAGGAGUUUAACUCGUUGACACAUGUAGCAGAUUUUGCGACAUUGGUGGCCACCUACGCAGAAGGGUUUAUGCUGAUCAUUGAGCCAUUUGAUAGUUCUUCAGGUGUUCAUGAUCCUGUGCUGCAGCUUACGUGCUUGGAUGCUUCACUGGCGAUUCGUCCGGUGUUUGAGCGUUUCUCUAGCGUCAUUAUUACAUCUGGAACAUUGUCCCCAAUUGAUUUGUACCCUCGACUACUAAAUUUUAACCCAGUAAUUCGAGAAUCGCUGCCUAUGUCUGUGUAUCGCUCGAGUAUUUGUCCCUUGGUGAUCACACGUGGUAGUGACCAGAUGCCGGUUAGCACCAAGUUUGACCUUCGAGACGAUUUAUCUGUUGUGCGUAAUUACGGCACUCUUCUGCUUGAGAUGGCAGCUUGUACUCCUGAUGGCAUGGUAUGUUUCUUCCCAUCGUAUCUUUACAUGGAAAAAAUUAUCGGUCAAUGGGAUUCGCUUGGCGUGCUCAAACGUGUUCUCUCAAGCAAGCUGCUUUUUAUUGAGACCAAGGACAUUGUAGAGACGACAUUAGCGCUGGACAAUUACAAAAAAGCCUGUGAUUGUGGACGGGGUGCUAUUUUUUUCUCGGUUGCUCGUGGAAAAGUAGCAGAAGGAAUUGAUUUUGACCGUCACUACGGACGUGCUGUGCUUCUUUUCGGUAUCCCAUUCCAGUACACGCUGUCAAAUACGUUGCGUGCACGGCUAGAGUACUUACGUUACACUCAUCAGAUCCGUGAAGGUGAUUUUCUCACUUUUGAUGCGUUACGCCAAGCAGCUCAAUGUGCCGGUCGAGUUCUUCGUAGUAAAACUGAUUAUGGACUGGUUCUUUUUGCUGACUCACGGUACAAUCGGGCUGACAAACGAACGAAAUUACCUCCGUGGAUUACCCAGUUUCUCGUGGAUUCCCACUUGAAUUUGUCGGUGGAUAUGGCAGUUUUUAUGGCCAAGAAAUAUCUGUCCUUAAUGGCUCAACCAGUUGAUGAAUCUACCAACGUCAACUCUAUUUUACUAGAUGCCGAUGGCGUCGACAAGUGGCUUGGCAAACAUUCAAAGAAAGACGAACUGAUGCAGUAA